GGAUUCCUCCCCCAUUCCCAUUUAAUGAGGUCUCCCCUUCGAGUCCCUCCGCCCCCAAAUUUUUACUUCCCCAAUUUUAUCUACUACUAUGCAUAUCCCUCCACCAAGAACAGUCACCAACCCCGUCCUUCUCUUUCUCAAUCCCCUGCUGCUGAUCUGCUUCUCCUAUCAACCCUUCUCUGGCUCCGCAUCAGUAUCCAUCUCGGCCUCAAUUCUUGUUCACCGGCAUGGCUCAGCUUCUUCAGCUCCGCCUCUCGCAUCCAAAAUCCAAUUUCCUUCUCUGUAAUUCUAUUCUUAUUUCAUGUGCUCUCAAAUAUAGCAGAAAUGUGCAGCUCCUGGAACCAUCUUUUGGGGCGCAUUGUUUCUAUGUGGAACUUUGAAUUGAUUAAAGUAAAUUACUAUGUAGAUGCACGAGGGCUUUGGGAGCAUUAAUAAGCAUGGAUGUGAGGAGUUUGGAAUAUACUCCGCAUGAUAUUGUAGGAUGUGGAGGGUGAUUUGUUUGUGUAUGAGUGAUUUGGAUGUUAUUAUCAUGUUCCUUGUGGUUACUUAAUGUGAAUGCGGUAUUAUGUGACCAUUUUAAGUAUCUGGAUAUUUUGGAUUAAGUUGGUUUAAGAAGGCAAGUUAUGGCAAUUGUAUCUAAACAUGUUUUCGUUUUCAGAUUUCAGUUUCAAAAGUCUUUAUAAUUCUCAACUAAACAAGUUUUCUUCCGCUUUUGUUUUUUAGAAAACAACAAUUUCCUAUGAUUACUAAACGGGGCAUAGAAGUGCUCGUUAUUUUAUCGUUUGGUUCCCAUUUUCAGUUUUGGCGCCCUUUUGGUCCCCGAACCCGCCAUUUGCUGUCUCCCUUGGCGCGCUUUCAAUCUUCCACCCCCUUCUAAGUUCUAUCUUCCACACUUUUCUCUCAGUUUUCCUGUUUCUGUCGUUGAGUAGCAAUCCAAAGCAGUUCGAUUCAUCUGCAAGCCGCCGCCAACUAUCACUCCAGUAAGUCAUAGCAUGGCCAGUUCUACUUGGUACUCUCUUUUCUCCGUUUCCUCCUAGCUAGCUAUGGUUUCUCGAGCCAAGCGAAUCUUGGACAGCUAGUUUUUCAGUGCCGCCAUUGGUCCAGUUCCUCGUUUACCGACUGCUAUGAGCUAUCUCACCCGGGAACUCAACCCCGAUUAGGGUUUCUGAGCCCUCUCUUUCAAUUGGGCUUAAUUUGUUUUAUUUUUCUUAUUUGAUUUGUUCUCAAACCCUAGAUCUUCUGCUUCAAAACCACCACCACCGCCUCCCAACCGUUCUUCUCAUUCACAGUGCCGCAGUCGCAUCUUCUCUUCCCCGUCAAGCGGCCGCCGAUCCACUUCCCUGUUGGGCCAUCUCUCCCAUCUCCUUCAUGCAUGUCUUGUCUUGACAAUGUGAUACUGUUUCCCGCCCAUAUCAAUUGAUUGUGAUUUCCUUUAGCUUUUGGAAAUUGAUCAUGUCAUCAACUGGUCGUAUCCUUGGCCGAGUACUUUGAUCCCAACAUGCAUGUCUUGUCUUGACAAUGUCGUUCCUCUGCAGGUUUUUUGUGAGUGUGAUAUGUUGGAGAUCUUGAGGGGGAAGUAUUAUUAUUGAUUCAUGAUGCUUGCAGCUUGCCAUUCUUUAAACUAGUGUUGUGUAUAUUGAUUCGUACAGAGAUAAUGGACACAUCAAACCCUGCUAUUCUUGUGAAUGGAAACCUGUUGCCAAUGCAUGUGAGGAAGAGAGUUAGGACUGUGAUUCAAGUACUGAAUUCCGAGCGUGAUUCAGUCAUUGGGAAAUCCACAGAUGAUCAGCAGCUAGUCAUAAAGGGCUCCCCGCCAUCUACACCGCUCACCAACUUUGUCGAGGUCAUUGGCAUUGCUGAUUCUGACAAGUCCAUCCAGGCUGAGAUAUGGACCAACUUUGGUGACAACUUUGAUGCAUCUUCCUUCAAUCAGCUUUGCCAACUUGCGAAUGCUGAAUACCAGCACUUGUUCCUGUGAGCAGCAGCACCCUGCAAAUGGGUUUUAUGAAGUGGUUCAGUAGCUUGUGAAUUCUUCUGAUUAGAUGAUAUUACUAUGUGUUGGUUCUAAUAGUGUUACAUGUGAACAAUACAUGUCUUAUCUUUAGUUUUGUUGGGAAUGGAAUUUAGACUAAUGGGUGUGUAGUCUAUACUGCACAGAGGGCUCUGUCAUUGAGUUCUUGUUCAUAUAGGGAUGCUUUGCAUUUUGUCCAGCAAAUCUUAGGAUAGUUUGGGUAAUAUACCAAACAAAUGAAGAGAGAGAGAGAGACAGACAGACGUUUCUGUUUGUGAUCUUUAAAGACGAGGCCAGGGCUGGAGGAGACGGAAUAAAGGUGCCCCAUCACA